CUGCUGAGGGGAGGGAGCGGAGAGACGCAGGUUUCGGCUUACAGCGCAUACCACACUAACGAGAGCAAAAUACAGUAAAAUACUGUCGACCCGGCCGUCUGGAACUACAGGGGACUAAACCUUCAACUAAAGACAACUUCGGAUUUUCUCGGAGGGCACCUUUGAGAGCUGAUUUUGGAUUGUAAAAUGAGUUUUUUUGCCUUGUAAUGUGGGAAUGCUUUCUCCUCUUUUCCGUGGUAUGUGGAUCUGGGAGCGACCAUGUUAAUAGGUAGCUGAUAAAAGGAGAAGCCGGCUGUUCUAUCCCAGCCAGAAGAGGACACAGGAUAGAAACUGAUAGAGCAACUAAGAGUUGGAGUGGGACACAUCACUACCAGCAAAGAAAUCAGGAUGAAAGUUCCUCUGUACCACUGACAAGCAGAACUGGAAUGAUCUCUUGACCCUUUUCCUGGAAGUGACCAAGUUAGCGAUGAGAGGGGGGAUAUAAUGGCCAAAAACAAGGAUGCACGGCCCCCGACAUUCGCUGUCAGUGUGGUCGGCCUCUCGGGGACGGAGAAAGAGAAGGGAAAUUGUGGCGUAGGCAAGUCCUGCCUAUGUAACAGAUAUGUGCGUCCUAAUGCGGAUGGUUAUUACACAGAGCACACCUCAGUGCUGAGCACAAUAGACUUUGGGGGACGUGUGGUAAACAAUGACCACUUCCUUUACUGGGGGGAUGUGUCCCAUAGAGGGGACGAUGGGCUGGACUGUAAAAUCCAAGUCAUUGAACAAACAGAGUUCAUUGAUGACCAGACGUUCCUUCCGCAUCGGAGUACAAAUUUGCAGCCCUACACCAAAAGGGCAGCAGCUACUAAGCUCCAAUCGGCAGAGAAGCUGAUGUACAUCUGCACCGAUCAGCUGGGCCUGGAGCAGGACUUUGACCAGAAACAGAUGCCUGAUGGGAAGCUGAACAUUGAUGGGUUUUUGCUUUGCAUCGAUGUUAGCAAAGGUUGUAAUAGGAAGUUUGAUGACCAAAUGAAGUUCAUCAACAGCCUCUACUCCCAAAUAGUUAAGACGAAGAAGCCUAUUGUUGUUGCUGCCACAAAAUGUGAUGAGUGUGUAGACCAGCACCUGAGGGACCUGCAGGCUUUUGUUGCCAGCAAGAAAAACCUGUUGCUAAUUGAGACGUCAGCACGCUCCAAUGUCAAUGCAGAGCUCUGCUUCAAUGCCCUCAUCCAGCAGUUGGAUAAAACGAGGGGGAAGCCAAAAACUGUGCCAUACCUGGAGGCCUAUAAAAUCCAACGGCAGCUUGUUGCCUCAGUGUCGGAUAGAUUUGAAAAAUUGAUGGUUCACUCGGUCAGAGAUUACCACACCACAUGGAAAGGUGUUGUCAACAAUAUGAAAGGCCAACCAGACUAUGAUGACUUCAUCACCUUGGAGGGCUCCAGGAAAGCACGUAACAUGUUCACAAAGCACAUAAGUCAAUUGAAGCAGGAGCACAUCAAGAGGAGAAGGGAGGAGUACCUGACAACACUCCCCAAAACCCUUAACAACCUCCUCAAUAACCUGGAGGAGGUGGAACCCCUCUCAUGGCCUGAGGCACAGAGUGUCAUACGGAACCGACCAGAUUUUCAGUACUGGUUUGUGAUUCUGGAACAAACACCGUGGGAUGAGACUGACCACAUUGACAUCAGUGACCGCAGGAUACCCUUUGACCUCCUCGAUACACCUGAUGGCGAGAGAAUUUACCACAACCACGUCCAGCACCUGCUGUCCGAAAAGAGACGGGGGGAGAUGAAAGAGAGGUUCAAGAAGACGCUGGAGAGGGUUCAUUUUAUCAGUGCGGGGCAGCCUUGGGAGGAAGUCAUGUGCUUUGUCAUGGAGGACGAGGCCUACAAGUACAUCACAGAAUCAGAUAGGAGGGAUGUUUAUUGUAGACACCAGCAGGAAAUAGUUGAAAGGGCCAAAGAGGAUUUUCAGGAAAUGCUUUUUGAGCAUGCCGAGCUAUUCUAUGACUUGGACCUGAAUGCCACCCCCAGCUGCGACAAGAUGAGCGAAAUCCACAGUGUGCUAAAUGAGGAACCCAGAUACAGGGCGCUGCAGAAACUUGCCCCAGAUAGAGAAUCACUCCUCCUCAAACACAUUGGAUUUGUUUACCACCCUACAAAGGAGACAUGCCUGAGUGGGCAGAACUGUGUGGAUAUGAAAGUGGAGCAGGUUUUAGCCAACAGGCUGGUACAGCUUGACCACGGACGCUCUAAUCUCUAUUAUAACAGUGCCAACAUUGAUAAGAUCAACCUCUGCCUCCUGGGAAGGGAGGGUCUCUCACAGGAACUAGCCAAUGAGAUCCGAGCUCAGUCCACAGAUGAUGAGUACACCCUGGAUGGUAAAAUAUAUGAACUGGAGCUUCUUCCUGUGGAUGUCAACUCUACACUCCUCUUCAGCCACACCUGGGUCAACAGUUUUAAGCCACAUGGCUGCUUUUGUGUGUUUAAUUCCAUAGAGAGCCUCAACUGUAUUGGAGACUGCAUAGGCAGGAUCAGAGCAGAGAUAGCACAGAGUAGGAGAGAUAGGUUUGCUCAGCCACUACCCUUCAUUCUUAUCCUGGCUAAUCAAAGGGACAGUGUUUGCAAAAACAUACCCAUCCUGAGGCACCAGGGCCAACAGCUGGCAAACAAGCUGCAAUGUACCUUUGUCGACAUCCCCUCCGGAGCCUUUCCACGUAAAUUCACUGAGUUUCAGAUAAAGCAAGGUCUUCGAGCAGUGCUGGAGGGGCUAAAGCAUAACUUUGAUGUUUUGGCCCCAUUGCCCUCUAUCAAAGACAUGUCAGAGACGGACCUUAGGAUAGUCAUGUGUGCCAUGUGCUGGGAUCCUUUCAGUGUUGAUCUCAUCCUCUCGCCUUUCCUGGACUCACAUUGCUGUAGUGCAGGGCAGCCAGGUCAGAGCAACACAUUGAUACUGGACAAGAUCAUCGGGGACAGCAGGAGGAGGAUCCAGGUUACUGUCCUCUCCUAUCACACUGCUAUCGGUGUUCGCAAAGAUGAACUGGUGCAUGGCUACAUUUUAGUGUAUUCUGCCAAACGCAAAGCCUCUAUGGCGACCCUGCGGGCGUUCCUGGCUGAAGUCCAGGAUGUUAUCCCAGUCCAGAUGGUAGCAAUCACAGACAGCCAGGCAGACUUCUUUGAGAAUGAUGCCAUUAAGGAGUUAAUGACGGAGGGGGAGCACAUUGCCACAGAGAUUGCUGCAAAAUUUACUGCACUCUACUCACUUUCUCAGUAUCAUCGGCAGACAGAGGUGUUCACACCGUUCUUCAAUGAGGUGCUUGAGAAAAAGCAGGGUAUUGAGAGUUCCUUCUUGUUUGACAGCUCAUCACGGGAGUGCACUACUGGUGCCAGUGAAGACGUCUUCCCCACGUCCCCACAUAGCCAUUCCCCAGCCUACAACACCUACUACCCUGAGUCUGAUGAUGAUAAUGAGGCUCCCCCACCUUACAGUCCAAUUGGUGAUGAUGUUCAGCUUCUCCCCACACCCAGUGAGCGGGCCAAGUACCGGAUCGACCUGGAGGGCAAUGAAUACCCAGUUCACAGUACACCAAUUGGAGACCAUGAACGCAACCACAAAGUGCCUCCACCUGUCCGCCCAAAACCAGUGCUACCCAAACCCAAUGUCAAAAAGCUUGACCCCAACCUGCUCAAAACCAUUGAGGCUGGCAUGCGGAGCAACCGUAGGAUGCAGAGAGGCCCAAUGACACACAGCGAGGACGUGGAGGCGUCAGACAACUAUGCAGACCCAGUGGACACUUUGCUAAGGUCCAGGGGCUUUCACAACGACGACAUAUAUGCUGUUCCUGAUGACGCACACAGCCGUCUGGUCAAAAUAAGAAACUCCUUUGGUGGGUUACAUAGCCUUCAUGGAGGUGGAGAGGAAGAGAAUGGUUUUGACAGGAAGUCUCAGGCUGGACGGCGGCCAUCAAAAUACAAACAUCGUUCUAAAAUCCUGUUCAGCAAGACGAAGGCCUACCAAAGACGGUUCCACUCUGACAGCGAUGGUGAGGAGUCUGGCCAUGCUACGCAGAAAAAGAAAAAGGGAAGAGCCCAUCGGGGCAGUGAAGAGGACCCCCUGCUGUCCCCAGCAGACCCUUGGAAGGGUGGGAUCGAUAACCCUGCCAUCACAUCGGAUCCAGAACAGGAGGACAAGAAGAUGAAGAAAAAGAAGACGCCCAAGACACCAAAGGAACCCAAGAAGCCAAGAUCUUCCAAACCACCCAAGCCUCUGUAUCCCCCAACACGAAGAACCUGGGAGAGCAACUACUUUGGCGUUCCCCUGCAGAGCCUGGUGACCCUGGAUCGACCAAUCCCACUCUUCAUCGAGAAAUGCGUGGACUACAUCGAGCGCACGGGAUUGACGACAGAAGGCCUGUACCGUGUCAGUGGGAACAAGACGGACCAGGACAACAUCCAGAAACAGUUUGAUCAAGAUCACAGUAUCGACUUCGUGGUGAUGGACGUGGCGGUGAACGCUGCAGCCGGAGCUCUGAAGGCGUUCUUUGCAGACCUGCCCGACCCGCUGAUCCCCUACAGCCUGCACCCGGAGCUGGUGGAGGCCGCAAAAAUCGUGGACUACAUCGAGCGUCUGCUGGUUUUGCGGGAGAUCGUGAAGAAGUUUCCUCCUGUGAACUACCAGGUCUUCAAAUACAUCAUCACACACCUCAACAGGGUCAGCCAGCACAGUAAGAUUACCCUGAUGCCGCCCGACAACCUGUCCAUCUGCUUCUGGCCCACGCUGAUGCGGCCCGACUUCGAGAACAAAGACACGCUGUCCACCACCAAGCUGAACCAGGCCGUCAUCGAGUCCUUCAUCGUGCAGAGCGACUACUUCUUCCACGGCGGCGAGGUGGCCGAGAGCUCCAGCAGCGAGGGCACGCCGCCGCCGCACUGCCACAACAUGGUGGAGGCUCUGCUCCCGCUGCAGCUGCCCCCGCCUCUGCAGCCGCAGCAGAUCCAACACACCCUGCACCCCGACCCACUCAUCUAAGAGCCACAGCAGCAUGCUGGGAAAAGACGUCUGGGGAUGUUUGUGUGAGCUGCCAGCCGCCGAUGGAAGCCGUCUUCUGCUCUGCAAAACGCUGCUCGACUGUUCAAACAAAAUUAAAAAAAAAAACCUGAAUGAGAUUUGGGGAUGAGCAGCAGCUGUUUGUCAGCGACUUUGAGGUGAUGAGCUCUGGGGUUUAGAGACACGUCGAGCGUUUGUUGGAUUAAACCUAAUCUGUGAGAUCGAGGUAAAUCCUGGAUUAGAGAAUCGCAAUCAGACGUCACCUUUUGGAACAAUUAUUUUGCCCUUUUAAGACACGAAGGCUGAAGUAGCCGAUGAAUGAACUGAUUUGAUUUGGCACAUAGCGACAACAGUAAUCGAUAAGCAGGGUCUGACAUGGACUCUGGGGAUUCUUAGAUACGUGGUGAGCAAAUAAAAAAAGACUCUCCUCUUACCUUAGCCUGAUGAAUAGCACACAAGCCCCCCUUAAACCCAGCCCACCCUCUCUGCUCCCACACAAGAGAAAAGGGAAGUUCGCCCCCACGACUGCAACUCAAACAUUCAAUCCCUCGACACUCGUUGACUGACCGACUCCUGACACGCUCCACUGACUUGUUCCUCCACUUUCUGUUGGCUGAAAGAAUUCUCGGAGUCUUCCCGCAGAGCUCCACAUUUCAGCACAGAAAAACAUUUCUUCCUCUUUGCUGUAGCUCUUCUGUCGACGCCUAACAGGCUCACAAACAAACGGUGCAUUUGGGAACUCAAUGAGAAAGAAAAAUGUGGAUUUUUUUUAAAGGUGUGGGCAGCAGGAAGCUCUGGAUUUAAAAAAAAAAACAACAGAAGAAAUUAAAAUGACACAACAUAUGGGCAUACAGGACAGGACAGCACAUGCACGAUUUGUGUCAAAGGUCCCUCGAGCCAAUUUCACGACUGUUUGUGUCCUUUAAGUUUUUAUCAUUUGGAUUCUUCUUUUUUAAUAUCCUUUUUUAACGUCUAAGUGUGUUUGUGUGUGUGUGAUGACGAUGAUGUGUGUAAACUGACCUGAGGUCUGUGUUACCGCCAGUGUGCACCUUCUCCUCAGAGGGAAGGAGGGAUCGACGAGGGAAUCAAAUCAGAAUCAGACUUUACAGCCAAACUGUCUCUUUAACUCUUCAUGCAACGACUGACUCCCCCUGAUCUCUGCAGAGGACGACCUCUGACCCCUCCGUGUCGGCACAUGAUGGAGGAAACCACUACGUCUGUUCGGUUCGAGGACCGCGCGUCUUCCGUGUUGGAUUACUUCCUCCGCCUUGAGGAGGACGCUUCCCCGCUCUUUUCUGUUUCUGUUGUUCUGUUGGAAACUAAAACUUUGCAUGUCUCUGUUUUGCCACUUAAAGAAAAAGAACUUUAGAGUAAAAAAAAAAGAAAAAAAAAA